CAGCAGCAGCAGCAGCAGCUGUCAUGUGAAUCAGCUGGACGAACAAGGAAGGAGAUUAACAACAACAAGACCCCGCUUUUCUAAAAACCAGGGUUAUAGCUGGUGAGCUGGCAGGAUGGCGGGAGCAGAGGUGUUCGGCCCUGCAAACCCCACCUGCAAGAUUAUGACCUUCAGGCCCACCAUGGAAGAGUUCAGCAACUUCAACCAGUACCUGGUGUACAUGGAGUCCCAGGGAGCGCACCGGGCAGGCUUGGCUAAGGUCAUUCCCCCUAAAGGCUGGAAGCCCCGUCGUACCUAUGAUGAUAUCGACCAGUUGGUAAUCGACGCUCCGAUUCAGCAGAUGGUGGCCGGCCAAUCAGGGCUCUUCACUCAAUACAACAUCCAGAAGAAGCCUCUCAGUGUGCAGGAGUUCAGACGGUUGGCCAACAGUGACAUGUACUGCACACCUCGCUACCUGAAUUAUGAGGAUCUUGAGAGAAAAUACUGGAAGAAUCUUACUUUUGUUUCACCCAUAUAUGGUGCUGAUGUCAGUGGAAGUCUCUACGACGAGGAUGUAGAAGAGUGGAACAUCGGUCACCUGAACUCCAUCCUGGAUCUCAUCGAGGAGGACUGUGGCGUUUCCAUUCAGGGGGUCAACACUCCGUACCUCUACUUUGGCAUGUGGAAGACCACUUUCUCCUGGCACACCGAGGAUAUGGAUCUGUACAGCAUCAACUAUCUUCACUUUGGAGAGCCCAAGUCCUGGUAUGCAAUCCCUCCUGAGCAUGGGAAGAGACUGGAGCGUUUGGCUACAGGAUUUUUCCCAAACAGCUUCAAAGGGUGUGAAGCUUUUCUUCGACACAAGAUGACUCUAAUCUCCCCUUCAGUGCUGAAGAAGUAUGGGAUUCCCUUUGAUAAGAUUACACAGGAAGCUGGGGAGUUCAUGAUUACCUUCCCCUAUGGGUACCAUGCUGGGUUCAAUCACGGGUUCAACUGUGCCGAGUCCACUAACUUUGCCACUGUGCGCUGGAUUGACUACGGCAAGGUGGCCACACAGUGCACGUGCAGCAAGGACAUGGUAAAGAUAUCCAUGGAGCCCUUCGUGAAGCGCUUUCAGCCGGACCGCUAUGCCGCUUGGAUGGUGGGCAAAGACUCGACACCCAUCGACCACGUUCACCCCACUCCCGGAACGACGCCGGAGCUGCAGAGCUGGUUGCACCGGCGCCGCAGGACCAGGUCUCCGAACAAAGGCGGCAGCCACUCGCGUAUGCGCUCCAAGCGUCUCAGGACCACCGAGGAGCCAGUUGGCCUGGAUGGCGCCUCAGCACUAAAUGGCAGCAAAAAGAAAGGGCUCAGUGGUCCAUCUGCUCCCAAGGUGCGAAGGUCUGCCGCGGAGACAAUUGGCAAGGAAGAAGAGGGAGAGAAGAAAAAGGAAGCCGAGGCCAAGCACAACCUGAAUCAAAUCUCUCUCCAGCUUUCUGGUCCUUGCAGACAAGUGUGUGUUGUCAAAGUAAAUCGCGUCGAAGGCAAAAGUCUGGGGAUUUCAAAUAAGGAUGCACCCUGCAACCCCUCUGAUUCACCCGUGACGAGUGAUUCAAAGACAGAAACUCCUGCUGACCCUCAGCAUCUAUCUGGGACAGGAGCUAAAAGCAGGACUCCUGAAGGACUCGAAUCAACUCACGAGACUCCUCACGCGCACUUGGGAGUUGAUGAGCCGAGCUCUCCUGAACCACAAGAGCUCUCAGCUUGUGACGACUCUAACAGGAUUCAUCCCCUGGAAGCCAGCAAUCUCAGCUCAUCUUCCCACACAAAUACUUCGUGUGACACUGUAAAAGACUCGUGUCCCUUUGACACGAGCGCUCCGUUAUCCAGUCCCUCGUCUUUAACGUCUAACACUGGCGGCAGCACGGAGAUGGCUGCCAGGAAUUACACUAAUGCCGACGAAACAGAGAAAAUGGACACAGUUGUUGAGCCUAAACCCAUUAAACCACACUCCACUACGGAAGCACUUUAUGAUUUUAAGAGGAGUGAGCCAGCAGAGGGAGAUGGCUGCACAUCGACUGGCUCUUGCUUUCCCUCGCCAAAAAAUGUCAGCGUUGGAAAAGGCAGCACUGAGCAAAGCCUUUUCCCUCCUCUUCUGCAGCAGGAUGCGGUGGAUAUGCCACAACUCACUCCAGAACCAGCCGAGAAGGUUGAAGUUUGCCCGUUGCCGCCGGUGCUAACCCAGGAGAUGCCCUCUCUAACCCCUGCUGAUGACAAGCUCCCCAGUUUCCCAAAGUCUACAUCAUACAGCCACCAGAUUGCACCUGUGCUUCAGAGGGAAACGCCAACUGGCUCCCAAUUCUCGCAUGAAGCCAAAGAGGAAAAGAAGAGAAAGAGUUUAGGGCUGCCAACAGAGUCUCGCGGAGCAGAGGAUGCCAGCAACUGGCAUUUAAUUCCUACGAAUAAUUGUGGAGAGGCAGCAGCGUCUGGUUUAGGAGGAAACACAGCUCAUUUGACUGCCAGUGGUUUGCACAAAAUAACAUCUGGUGGUGUCCGUGAAACGUUAAUAUCUGCAGUCGCUCCAGAAAAGGAUCAGUCGGAGCUGGAGAAAUGCACUCCUGGACAGAGUGAUGUAACCGUUAGCCAGCUCGUUCAUAGGACUGCAACUCAAAAAAAGCCAGAUUCAAGUGACUCCAAAGACCGAGGUCACGCGGACAGGUCGAUCAGUUCGAACAGUGCUGGUUCACUGUUGUCUUGCAACUCAAACAACGGCCUCCCAGCCCCCGUCCCGCCUCCACGCACGCACAACGACAACCACUCAGCAUUACAAGUCAACCAAAACACUACAUGCUCCUCUUCCCAUUGUACGUCCCAGAAUGUAUACAUGGAGUCCAAAACCUUUUCCAGCAGCAUCUGGAAAAACUUCAGCUCCCAGGGUCCCGCAGUUCUCACCCAGAGUCUGCCCCCGGAGCUUCCUUCGGACUUCUCCCACGACCCUCUACCGUACACCAUGUGGACCGAACCUCAGUGCAAAGAGGUGACCGACCUGGAGGACGCAGCACAAGACCUCCAUCAAGCACAGAGCCAGGACGAUGAGGGCGGACCUCUGACGUGGGCUCAACUCGAACCCACGUCGCUUCUUUCAGACGGUGCUAUCGAACCUCUGGGACUCUGCAGAGAUUAUGAGCUGCGAAAGCAAAGGCAGGCGCAGGAGAGUUUACACUCGGACGCGGCAUCGUCGCCCGUCGAGGCCGGCGGGGGAGAACAGGACGGACUGUCUGAAAUGGACGAGGGGGGAUCCGACGGUGAGGAUGGAGAGAGGCAGAGCAGUGCAAAAGAGGAGAGCAGCACUGAGUCAUCUGAGGAUGAAGAAGAAGAGGGAAAUGAUACGAGUGCUUACGAGUGUGAUGAGUCAGGCCUGGAACCCGGGGAGGUCUGUGCUUACCCGACCCUUUCAGAGAAGAGGACCACUAAGAGCUGGCGUCACCCACUCAGGAAACCCACUACAAGAGCUGUGCCCACUGCUGUCAAACAACAGGCUGCCAGCGACGAGGAGCCCCCAGAGGCGAGCUUGGCCGAGGAAGAGGAGCAGGAAAUGGAGGCAUGGGCAAAGCCCCUCAUUCACCUUUGGCAAAACAGAAAGAGCUGCUUCACAGCGGAGAGGGAGUACAACGCUCACGCGGCCACCAUGCAGCCGUACUGUGCUGUGUGCACGCUCUUCAUGCCUUACUAUCAGGCCGAAGACAAAGCCGAGGACAGUAAAUCAAUAACGGCUCAAGACGCCGCCGAAUCUUCACCCCCAACGGAGGGCCCUCAACUUCCCUGCAGAGGACUGAAGAGGACCAAGCCCCUGGUCCCGGAGAUCUGCUUCUCCUUCCGAGAGCAGAACUGCCCCCCGACGCCGACCAACCCCCUGCUGCAAGAAGAUGGCACGUCUCCGCUUCUCUACUGCCACAGCUGCUGCCUGCAAGUCCAUGCAAGUUGCUACGGCGUUGCUGCAGAAGACAUCGGUGAACAGUGGUUGUGUGAUCGCUGCACAGAAGGAAGCUUCGCAGCAGAAUGCUGUCUCUGUAACCUCCGAGGUGGAGCUCUGAAGAAGACCCAGAACAACAAAUGGGCUCACGUGACGUGUGCGGUAGCGCUGCCAGAGGCGAGGUUCAGCGACGAGGCCAAGAGGAGUCCCAUCGAUACCAGCAGGAUCCCCAUGCAGAGAUAUAAGCUGAAGUGCAUCUAUUGUCGUAACCGCUGUGCGGGGAAGCGGCAGGCAGGGGCUUGUAUCCAGUGCUCAUGUGGCCGGUGUCCCACCUCCUUUCAUGUGACCUGUGCCCAUGCUGCGGGUGUAAUCAUGGAGCCGGAUGAUUGGCCGUAUGUCGUGUCAGUCACCUGCCAUAGACACCAGUCACGGAGUUCAGCAGCUAAGCAGCGAGCCUGCAAAGGUUUCAUCUCACUGGGCCAGACGGUGAUCUCAAAACACAAGAACCUGCGCUACUACAGCUCCAAAGUCACGCAGAUCAGCUCCCAGACGUUCUACGAGGUCAUGUUCGACGACGGCUCCUUCUCCAACGACACCUACCCCGAGGAUAUCGUGAGCAGAGACUGUGUGAAUGAGGGACCUCCGGAAGUCGGGGAAGCUGUUCAAGUGAAAUGGCCUGACGGGCUUUUCUACGGUGCUAAAUACCUGGGAUCCAGCGUGUCCUACAUGUACCAGGUGGAGUUUGAGGAUGGAUCUCAGGUGCUGGCGAAAAGAGAAGAUGUCUACACUUUAGAUGAAGACCUGCCUAAAAAGGUGAAGCGCAGACUUUCAACAGCCUCGAGCAUGCGUUUUCAGGAUGCCUUCUUCACCACGCAGGGAGAACGGAAACGACAGAGGACACCAAAUUCGCGCUUCCAGAACGACUACGUGGCCCUGCCAGGCCUCCGUACAACUGCCAAAAGCACAUGGGAGCCGCGCAGCCACAAAGGGAAAUGAAGUCUCGCAGACGGAUCCAUGACAAAUGAAUGCACUGAACUAGCAGUGGACGUAGAGGAGAGUUCUUCCUUUCUUUCUUUCUUUUUUCUUUUUUUUUUAAAGUUGUGAGUGUAUGCGUGUGUCAGUAUUUGGGAUCUGCUUCCACCUCAACAGCUACAGCCUCCGCGCGCAUAGACCAGAGGAAGUGACUGAAGGGAAGGGGUUACUGGCGUCGGGGCGACGUUGACCCGCUCGCGCGUUUUUCCCGCUCCGGGCGGCGCGGCGGGCGGGCUGGAGAGCGAUCGGACACGGACUCGGAAGGCGACGCUGCCUCAGUUGCCUCGAGAUUUCACAUCCGUCAGGGAAAAUAAACGUGACUCACAAAUGUCACAGCACCUUUUUAGUUUUUUUUUUUGUCUUUCUUUUCCUAACGAACAGUUUUCUCUCUGUAAAUCAAGAAAUGAAAAGAGACAUUUUUCUAAGUAGUCCAAUUAUGGUUUUGUUUUUGGGGUGUUUUUAAUUUCCAGUUUGGAUUUUGAAUGUUUCUGAACUUUUGCUCGUAGUAUUUCCCGCCACGACCUCCUCGCAUGUUCAACACUGUCUCCUACCUGCUUCCGCUGGGCCGCGUCCGACUACAGCAUCGCUUCCUCUGCAGUCUUUUUUUUUUUCUUUUUUUAAAAAUUCAUCAUGACUAAAAUAUAUGAAUUUUGCAAAUUUGACGUUGAAAACCUGAAAAGACGUUGAACUGACCACAUUAUUUAAUUCCUGAGGGAAAGCGUUCAGACAGGAAGCCGACGCAUUCGUGUUGGAUUUUUUUGUCCUGUUAGCGUAAAAUGCUAUUGUUGCUCUCGUUGAUGAAAAGAAAAUGUUGGAAUUAUUUAAAUUUGUAUUUAUUUUUGGCUUGCUAUUGUUAAAACUAUUGCUAACUGCUGUAAGAAAAACAAUAAAAUGACACAUUUGUUUUUUUAAAUUA